GCUAAGCGGAAGAUAACAUUGGAAUUUCAGCAGGCAGUUUGUCGGAGAAUAAAUACGCUAUUUGGUAUAGCUUUAUUCUAUACAUUUUGAUAUAUAAAGUUUGGAGUGCUAAUUUUCAUCAUGUUUUCCUUCAACAUGUUUGACCACCCGAUGCCACGGACCUUCCAAAACCGCUUCUCCACUCAAUACCGCUGCUACUCUGUGUCCAUGCUGGCGGGUCCCAACGACCGGUCUGAUGUGGAGAAAGGAGGAAAAAUUAUAAUGCCGCCAUCUGCACUUGACCAACUAAGCAGACUUAACAUCACCUACCCCAUGUUGUUCAAACUUACCAACAAGAACUCAGACAGAAUGACACACUGUGGUGUCCUGGAGUUUGUAGCAGAUGAGGGGAUUUGCUACCUGCCACACUGGAUGAUGCAGAAUCUCCUGCUGGAGGAAGGGGGCCUGGUCCAGGUGGAGAGUGUGAACCUCAUGGUGGCCACAUACUCCAAGUUCCAGCCACAGAGCCCAGACUUCCUGGAUAUCACUAACCCCAAAGCAGUGUUGGAAAAUGCCUUGAGAAACUUUGCCUGCUUAACUACAGGAGAUGUUGUCGCAAUUAACUACAAUGAAAAGAUCUAUGAACUGCGAGUGAUGGAGACUAAGCCAGACAAGGCAGUGUCUAUCAUUGAAUGUGAUAUGAAUGUGGACUUUGAUGCGCCGCUGGGUUACAAAGAACCAGAGAGGUGUUACAAAGCACCAGAGGAGCCCACAGAGGAGGAAGGAGACCCCAACACUUGGACUGAUAUGGACAUGAGAUUCAGAGCUUUCACUGGUUCAGGCAAUCGUCUGGAUGGCAAAAAGAAAGGCAUCGAGCCCAGCCCCGUCCCUAUCGAUCCCAGUGACAUUAAAAGAGGGAUUCCUAACUAUGAGUACAAGGUUGGCAGGAUCACCUUCAUCAGAAACUCUAGGCCUCUGCCCAGGAAAACAACAGAGGAUGAGGAUUCAGAAUUCAUCGCCUUCUCUGGCGAGGGAAAGUCACUACGCAAGAAAGGUGGCAGAAAGCUUUGAGGCACUACAGUAUUCAACUGCAGAGACUGACUGACUGCAGACUCUACAUACAUACUCACACACCCACCAUAAGCAACCAAUAAAGGCAGGUCAUGUUAAGAGCUGGGUUCAUUUUUUUCUUUCCCUUGGCAGGAAUCAACAAGGCGUUACUUUCCUUUGAUCAUAUUGUAAUGGUCUUGCCCAUGGUAAGCAUGUUAAAAGCACAUAAUUUUUUUUUAAUGUUAUUGGGACUGUGGUUAGAGUCCAGGGUUGCUGGUAUGAGCCCAUUCAAAGACAGCAACCCUUUCAAUACAAUAUAAUAAAUAUCAUAAACAAUUUUCUACCUUUCAACAGAAUGACCUUUGUUAAUGUUGGAGUGGGUUUGAUUUUUCUUGGAAUAUGUAUCAAAUUAAUUUGGAAACGCUCCUCUGACAUUGGAACCUGUUGGACUCGAACUGAGUGAUGAGUGGUAGAUAAAUGCUAUUUCCUUUGUUUAUUUAUCAACACUCUGAAAUAAAGUACAGUGUUUUGAAUAAAGUGCACUCUGUAUAGAUCUGUU